UCACACCGGCAGUGUGCCUGUUGGCGCGCGUCUGAGUCGCCUGUGUGUGUGUGUGUGUUUGUGUGUGAGUGUGUGCGUGUGCGUGCGUGUGUGCGCGCUCGUACUCCGGUUGCACAGCGCCGGUGCUCAGAACGACUCGCGCUUCAGUUCGCUUCUGUUUCGCGUCGCGAUCACGUUCAUCUCCUGCGGUGGUUCCUGAGGCGCGAGCAAAACGGACGUAGGAAGGAUGUCGGGGCGACCGGGAUAUUACCGGCAGGAGCUGAACAAGACGGUGUGGGAGGUCCCCGAGCGCUACCAGAACCUUACCCCAGUGGGCUCGGGCGCCUACGGGUCCGUGUGCUCGGCGUACGACGUGGUGCUACGGGAGAAGGUGGCGGUGAAGAAGCUGUCCAGACCGUUCCAGUCUCUGAUCCACAGCCGGCGCUCUUACAGGGAACUCCGGCUGCUGAAGCACAUGAAGCACGAAAACGUCAUAGGACUCCUGGACGUCUUCACGCCCGGAGCCACGCUAGAAGAGUUCACCGAACUUUACCUUGUGACCAACCUGAUGGGGGCCGACCUCAACAACAUCGUCAAGUUCCAGCGGCUGUCGGACGAGCACGUGCAGUUCCUCAUUUACCAGCUUCUCCGGGGGUUGAAGUAUAUCCAUUCAGCUGGCCUGAUCCACAGAGACCUGAAGCCGAGCAACGUGGCCGUUAACGAAGACUGUGAGCUCCGGAUCCUCGACUUCGGACUGGCCAGACAGACGGACGACGAGAUGACGGGCUAUGUGGCGACGAGAUGGUACCGGGCGCCAGAGAUCAUGCUGAACUGGAUGCACUACAACCAGAACGUGGACAUCUGGUCGGUGGGGUGCAUCAUGGGAGAACUCCUGAAGGGGAAGGUUCUAUUUCCUGGAAACGAUUACAUCGACCAGCUGAAGAGAAUCAUGGAGGUGGUGGGCACGCCCACGCCCGACCUCCUGCAGAAGAUCUCCUCGGAACACGCUCAGAAGUACAUACAGUCACUGCCUUUCAUGCCCCAACAAGACCUGGAGAAGAUCUUUAGAGGAGCCAACCCCAUGGCCGUGGACCUGCUGAAGCGCAUGCUGGUGCUGGACUGUGACGGCCGGAUCUCGGCCUGCGAGGCGCUGGCCCACCCCUACUUCUCCCAGUACCACGACCCAGAGGACGAGCCAGAAGCCCCGCUCUACGACCAGACGCUGGAGAGCAAGGACCGCACGCUAGAGGAGUGGAAGGAGAUGGUGUUUGAGGAGGUGAUCAACUCUUCAGGGGCCGGCACCAACACAGGCAAUCUACAGGCGGAGCAGUAGGACCCCCCCCCCCCCCC